AUCAAAGUGUGGGCUAGUAGCACCUAGUUGUUAGCCAGUCGUAUUGCAGGCAGACGCGCGCGCGGUACUGGCCGGCGGGAACCGGCGCGAGCGGGUCCAUUACUGGCGCGACUACCCGAACUCUCGACGCGACAAAAUGGCGCAAGUGACGCUGUGCAUUUUGGCGGUAAUUUGUAGCUUACUCCACCAAGGUCUGGCGAUAGUGUGCUACCAGUGCAAUAGCCACAAUGACUCGCGAUGCCUUCUUGAAAAGUUGCCAGACUCUCUGCGUCUGCCGUGCACCGGGCCUAAGGAUACCAUGUGCAGAAAGAUCAAGCAGGUUGUCGAGUUCGAGAUGAACGGCAUGCCGCCCGACAGCCGCGUCAUCAGAGGCUGCGGUUGGGACGACACUAGCUAUAAGGGUCGUUGCUACCAGCGGUCAGGUUUCGGCGGGAGACAGGAGGUGUGCUCUUGUUUGGAGGACGGCUGCAACUCAGCCUCGGUGCCUGUAGGAGCAACCGCUUUAAUGUUACUCACAUUCGCCUUGCUUAAGAUUUAAACUUAUAGAUACUAUAGUUACCAUAGUUACCAGAAUCCUAAGAUA